AUGCCCUACAUCAUCGGAACCGCCGGCCACAUCGACCACGGCAAGACGACCCUGAUCAAGGCCCUCACCGGCCAGGACACGGACCGGCUCAAGGAGGAGAAGGAACGCGGCAUCUCCAUCGACCUGGGGUUCGCCCACCUGGCGCUGCCGGACGGCAGCGAGGCGGGCAUCGUCGACGUGCCCGGCCACGAGCGCUUCAUCCGCAACAUGCUCGCCGGCGCCCACGGCAUCGAUCUGGUGCUCUUCACGGUGGCCGCGGACGACGGCGUCAUGCCGCAGACCGAGGAGCACCUGGACAUCGUCCAUCUCCUGGGGGUGCGAACGGCCCUGUUCGUCAUCACCAAGGUGGACCUGGUGUCCGAGGCGCGAGUCCGGGAGGUGGAGGAAGAGAUCGAGAUCCUGACCUUCGAGACCGCCCUGGAAGGCUCGCCGGUGGUGCACUUCUCGGCGGUUUCGGAAGCGGGUCUGGAGGAUGUGCGGACACGCAUCUUCGACCUCCUGCAAGGUAUCGACCGGCCGGCCCCCAGCGGCUUCUUUCGGCUGCCGGUGGACCGGGUGUUCGUGCUCCAGGGCCAUGGCGUCAUCAUCACCGGCACCGCCCUGGCCGGCGAGGUGCGCGACCGGCGAGCACGUGCACGCGUUCCCGGCGGCCAGAAGAUUCCGCGUGCGCAGCAUUCAGGUCCACGGCCAGUCGGUGGAAGCGGCGGGCUGGGGGCAGCGCGUGGCCCUGAACCUGACGGGCCAGGAGCGCGGCGCCCUGGAACGCGGCCACAUGAUCUGCCACGAGGAGCGUACCUGGUAUCGACGCGGUUCGACGCGCACCUGGAGGUGCGGCCCGCCGCCACCAAGGGAAUCCGCAACCACCAGCGGGUGCGUAUCCACCUGGGAACCGCCGAGCGCAUGGGCAAGCUCAUCUUCCUGGGCGACACCGAGAAGGUGGAGCCCAAGGACACGACCUACUGCCAGGUGCUGCUGACGGAACCGCUGCUGGUCAUGCGGGGCGACCAUUUCAUCGUGCGGGACGAAACCGCGCGGAGGACCCUGGGCGGCGGCGAGAUCGUCGAACCCCGGGCGCCCCGGCACCGGCGGCGGGAAAAGGACAUCGAGCCACGGCUGCGGACCCUGCACCAUGGCGAUACGCCCGAGAUGAUCCGAAGCUUUCUGGACGGCGACACGAGCCUGGCAACGAGCGUCGAUUCCAUCUGCCAGGAGCGCGUGUACAUGACCGAAGAGAAGUGGAACGGCUUCCGGGAGCGGCUCCGCUCGAGCCUGAAGGCGUUCCACCAAAGCCAUCCGCUGGCGCCGGGCAUGGACCUGGAAGAGGUUCGGGCGCGGCUCGCCGCCAGCGUAUCGGUGAGGCUGUUCCGGGACCUCACCGACCUUUUGGCGUCCGAGGGUGCCUGCGUCCGGGACGGCAACCACGUCCGCCUGCCGGACCACCGGGUGGAACUCGGUGCGCAGGAGAAAUCGCUCUCCGGCGAGAUCACGGCCGCGCUGGCCAAGACGCCCCUCGCCCCGCCCUACCUCAAGGAGAUCGAGAAGGCCCUGGCGGUCCAGCGCCCCAGGCUCAACGAGGUCAUCCGGGUCAUGGAACGGCAGGGGGAGAUCGUCCGGGUGACCACCGAGCUGUAUUACCUCAAGGAUUCCAUUGACAGGAUCAAGAGCGAUUUAUAUAGCUACUUUGAGAACCAUGAGGAGAUGAGCGCGGCCACCUUCAGGGAUAUCCUGCAGUCGAGCCGCAAGUACACCAUCCCCGUUCUGGAGCACUUCGACCGCACCGGCGUCACCAUGCGGGUCGGCGACGUAAGGAAGCUCAAGACGGGAAGAAGUUGA